ACUGAUUAUACUCUCAUUUGCACAAUGAAACCAGCCUAUAUCGACAUGACGUGUGCUCUGACUUGGCUUUUUUCAGCCCUUGCCCUACUUUUUCUUAUCAAAUACAACUGGAGUAGACGAUGGUUGUACUAUUAUGGGUCGAAAAUAAACGGACCGUUUGCGUGGCCCAUCAUUGGAAGCGCCCAUCACUUCAUCGGAGGCCAAAAAGUAUUUUACAAAAACAUGAUCAAGCUAUUUGAGACACAACCAAGCAUUUUCAAAUUCUGGUUGGGUAAAGAUUUGAUUGUGGUGACGUCACGACCGGAAGAUGUUGAAACUGUUUUGAGUAAUUGUUUCGGGAAGCCGAAAUUUUAUGAUUAUUCGUAUAAAUUGUUCAGGGAUGGACUUUUAAUAGCACCAGCAAAAAUUUGGAAAGACCGGAGGAAAACCAUCAAUCCGACUUUUAAUCCGAAAAUUUUAAACUCGUUUAUUGACAUUUUUGGGAAACAUGCAAAUCGGUUAGUGGAUGUUUUUGAAGAAGGUUGCGGGAAAGAAUCAUUUGACGUUUUUUUGAAACUAUUUCGGAGCACUUUAGAUAUUGCUUGUGAAACUCUAGCUGAUGUUGACAGUGAUUUAAUUAAAGGCCAGGAUGCUUAUCUACAAAAAGCAAUAAGGAUGGAGGAUGUUUUAGCAAUUCGUUCGUUCAGUGUUUGGCUUCACCCCGACAUUGUUUGGAACAAUUCGUCAUUUGGGAAAGAAGUAGAAAAAGCAUCUCCUGAAGUAUUCGGUUUCAUAAAACAAAUUUUAGGUUUAAAGAAACUAUAUCCAGUUCCAACAGUUAGUGAAGAAUUUACGCUAGACGACGAAUUUUGUAAGAAAAAACGUUUCCUUAACCACUUGUUAACUGCAAGUGAAACAAAUCCACAAUUUAAUGAAUUAGCUGUUGAGGAGGAAACUCAAACUAUUCUUAUAACUGGUAGUGAAACAACAGCGAUUACAAUUGGAAUGGUUUUAAUAAUUUUGGGAAUAUAUCCUGAAGUUCAGGAAAAAAUCAUGGACGAACUUGAAUUAGUUUUGGGGCCUGAUAACAGAGAAAUAACUUUGGACGAUAUAAACAAAAUGGAGUAUAUGGAACGUGUGAUUAAGGAAACACUAAGAGUACUUCCAAUCGUACCAAUAAUUUUGAGAUCGAUGGAUGAAGAUAUAAAACUAGGUAUCAAAUCAAAAAAUUCAAACAAUUCAAAAAAUUUUAAACCAAUUACAGAUCCUUACAUAAUCCCAACUGGUAGUUUUGUAUUGGUACCAAUUGGUCACAUUGGAAAAAAGCCAGAAUUUUGGAAAGAACCAAAUAAAUUUGAUCCUGAUCGAUUUUUACCCGAAAAUAAUACUAAUCGACAUCGUUGUACAUUCAUCCCUUUUAGUUACGGUGCUAGAAAUUGUGUGGGCUUUAAGUACGGUAUGAUGUCAAUGAAGGUACUUUUAGCAGCGAUUUUAAACAAAUACAUCAUCAAACCUGCACAGUAUAAAAGUUUGGAGGAAAUUGAGCUGAUUUUUGGCAUGGUAACAAAACCGAAACACGGUUUCAAAAUAAAACUGGAAAGGAAAAUUUAAAAUGCAAAUGUAAUAUAAUUGUACAAUAAAAAUUCAAUAAUGAUACGAAUAACUAA